UGUGCCCGUGCCAUGACUGUACCAUGCUUAACCUGUAAUGACAUCUUACCAUUAAGAUAACGUAUUGUUAUAAAAAUCUAAAAAAUGCAAUCACCGAUACCAAUAAAAUUAUAGCUGAUCAAGAGGUGCCUGAACAAUGGAGCAGGCUGAAGACACCAGUGAGAAAUCCGAGGAGAAGGCUGGGAUUAGUACUAAGUCAAAUGACAAUUUGAUGAGAACAAUGUACGAGAUUCCUCAAGAAUACGAAAUCGAUACGAAAUGUGAUAAAACAGUGAUAGUGAAUAGUAAAAUCUCAAGGACUAUACCGACGGUUGUAAGUGACUAUAAACCUUCUCUGGAAGAAAGUGCUUACCACAGCAAUAACAAUACCGAAAUCAAAGAAAAUGUGAUAAAUAAUGAAAUACAAAAACAAUGUGAAACUGAUAAAAUUAUAGAACUCCGAUCAGAUAUUAGUUCGAAUAGUUCGGACAAAAGUGAGAAAAACGUAGAUAGCGUCAGCGCGAAUGGCGCUUGUGAUGAAAAAACUGAAAACGAUGAUAAAUAUAAAAUUUUGUGUGAUAUUUUGGACUCGAAUCCGGAAGUGCUUCAGAGGUGGAUCGCUGAAAAAGCCUCUAAGGAUGAUUUGAAUAAAAUCGGCUUGAUUGGAGAACGUAGCAAACCUUUAAGUCUGACGCCUAACACGGCUACGGUUGCUACGGAUUUGUUUCAGCCAUGGCGGGCAUCGUCUCCUGUAAAGCUUCCGGCGAUGUCGACGUCCUUAGCCGCCCUUCCAACAACGGGUCUAAGCCGAGAGCGUUGGCAGCAUUUGGAGGAAGGCGAUUUAUUCAUGGAAUUAAUUCGGGAUAUAGCGAACGAGUUGGACAUCGAUGUCCUCUGCCAUAAGAUAUUGGUCAACGUCGGGUUACUGACACAUGCCGACCGGGGGUCCCUGUUUUUAGCCAAAGGCGAUCCCACCGAUAGAUAUUUAGUGCCUAAGCUGUUCGAUGUCACGCAGGAUACAUCAAAAGAUACUGAAAAUGAUACAACUGUAAAUUUAGCACCUUUAGUAAUUAUAAAAUAUUAA